CGGAGCCAGCGCGGAUCGGCCCAGCAUGGAGGGGACGCGGCGCGCCGCGCUCCGCCUGGCCGCUGCCUGCUGCCUGCUCUGCGCCCUGCCAGGAGAGGGACAGAAGACAAUGGAGACCAUGGUGGCACCAUCACCUUUUCUUAGCACAGUGCUACCAACUCAUCAAGCCUCUGACUUGAGUCCAGUGACUACUGCUGCAACACUCAGUGCCACUGGCGCCCAUGCUGCAGAGAUGGAGAAUGCCUCCAUCCCUACCACUCCCAUAGUAGGCACCAAGACAGAGACACUGCAGGCUUCCACCACUGCCAGCCCUGGGGAGGUCACUGUUACGUGGCAUGAGCACAACACCACCUUGUCAGUCAACAGCAGCACCGAAAUCCCCUCCCCUACCCCAACUGCCAGUACUCUGGAAGAGAACCAGCCCCACCACGGAGUCACAGAACCUUUCAGCACAACUGAAGAGAUGGAUGACACCAGCAGUGCCACCCCCACGCUUCCUCUGAGCACUGUGUUGGCAACAACCAACAGCUCUCAACUGGGGCCUUUUGAUGGGCUGACUGUGGGGCCCACAGCAGUGAGGUCUGAAACCAGGCCAGGAACAAGCCCUGUGGGUGCCACCGAGAACACCGUGGAGUCCAGACCCUCUUCUUCUCCCAUCUCCACCAUAGGGAGCACGUCCCCUGCUACCACCUCCAGCACUGCGACGGUGAGACCCCUCCUGAGCAGCUCCACUGCUACCAGCACAGCUGCCAUCCCCAGCAGCACAUCUGCACUGGAGCAGCCAUUAGAGCCCAUGCAUGAGAAAGCUUCCGUGUUGGAUGUUGGUGAUGAUGAAAAUCCAGACCUACCCAGUUCUCCUUUGGCUGACACGACGAGGGCUGAUCCCUUGGUCAUCACUGUGAUCUCUGUCUUCAUUGUCAUGGUGGGCAUCCUGGGCCUGGUGGGCUUCCUCAGGUACCGCCAGCACAACAGCCGCAUGGAGUUCCGGCGCCUGCAGGACCUGCCCAUGGAUGACAUGAUGGAGGACACCCCUCUCUCACUCUACAGCUACUAGGCAACCAGGCUGUCCUCUGCCUGGCCGGCUGAACUUCCCAGAGGAGGAAGCCUUGAGGACUUGGUCCCAGACGAUCUGCUGAGGAAUGAGGGGCUGUGAUUUGCACACAACUGAAAGGUCCUUUUCAGAUGGCUUUUGGUUUUAGACAUUUUAAAAUAGUUCAGUGUUGAAGUUUUUAUGCUGGGAAUCAGAUCCAAAGUCUGGCCCUUUCCUCCAAGCUCUCCUCGAAACAGUGUCCUGAAGAGGUGCCUCCUCCUUUUAGUGUGGUGGCCAAUUAGCCAAGACAACCUUUGCCAUCACGUUCUGCAGGGAUCUCUUCUGUCCAUCUUGGUAGCUGCUGCUUUCAAAGGAGGUGGGUAAAGAUCCAUUCAAGAGCUCUUAAUGCUGGUGGUGUCAGCACAGUGGAGACUGCUCUUUUCUGAGGGAGCCAAGGAUGUGGAAAUCGGUUCUCUUGGGUACCCUCUUGUUCUGUAUUUUUAAGGUUGGUUGUUUUGGGUUUUUUUCUUGCACUUUUUUUUGUUCCUGUUUCAGCUUUAGUCUGGGAUUGGCACUGCUCAUCCCAAAAUACCUCUCAGGAGGACAACAGACUGCUCUGCUUUCUUCCUACAUGCAUACCUUUUCUCUUUAACCAGGGAAAACAGUUUUGUGGCCACUGGAGAAGUGCCCCUGCUACUUGAUGUUGCUUUGAAGUUGCUGGGAGGAAAGCUAAUGUAAUUUUAGCUUAAUGGGGCUUGAUAGGACUCAAUCUGUUGGCAAUUAGACACACUCAUUUGGUCUCACCAAAAUUAGGAAACUGGCUCCCAUACUGAUGCUUUCAGCAUCUGUGCAAACUCCUCACCCAGGCUCAGUAAAUGCUUUCGACCUUUCCCCUGCCUGGACUGACACACACCUUUCCUCAGGUACCUCCCACUUUGCUGCUAGCAUCUGUUGCUGGAAGUUAUACAAAACUAGUACUGCACUCUCCCUCCUCUGCUAUGCAAGGUCAAAGCUUCUUUACCUUCUAAUGUUGGUCUUUCAACCAGUUGGUGUCUUGUCUUGAGGACAGAUCCUGGAUGCAGGUGCCUUCCUCCCCUUUCUAGGUGUCAGGCUGAUUAAAUUCUGCACUGUUGCCUCAAAGUAUCACUGCUGUAGACUGCAUCCAAGGCUCUCGAGGCCCCUCAAGGAAACCCACAGACCACAGCCUCUUGGGUGUAAGUCUGAGGAUCUUUUGUUGCCCUUACCUUAGAAAGACCAGAUUAUGUGUGACAUUUCUUUGUGUCAUCAACACCUGCUCCUGUUUUCUAAUUCACCCUUGACUGCUGGUGAAGAGAAACACAUGCCUUCUGUAGAAUGUUUGAUUUUUGACUAAGCCAGUUGCUCCCUCAGGAUACAGCAAGGGCUAAAGAUUAGCUACCACAUUGCUCUUACAAGCCUGUCUCUCAGUGGCAACACUCACUGACCCCACAAAGGACAGCUACCAGGCCUCACUAGCAAAAGUACCUUUUUUGGGUUUUCCCAGUGCUGUUAUUGCUUGUCUUAGCAGGCAGAGGGGAAUUUCCCAUCAGCAGUGCUCAAAUUCUCUGCAAAGUGUACCGAUGGAGCACAACAGGCCUGGCUCAGAUAGAUGAACUGGGCAAGGCAGCAGUUCCUCCUUCCUGCAUUACUACUUCCCAAGUGGCUGACAAAUGGCUGCAGUGCAGUUUGGGUUCAGCUGUUGGCUUUGGCCUUGCAUCUAUUUAUUGUAAGGAUGCCCAGUAAAAUAGGGAAGAAGGGUUGGUUCUCUCCUGCUAUUAUUGCAUGAAAACUAAAGGGCAAUUGUCACAACUCCUAAGCUUUUGUAUCAAGCAUUGUCUGCACAGAGCAAUCUCCCUAGCUACAGACUUGUUUCCCUUGCUGCAGGGCAGGGUGCUACUGGGUUUUGGCACAAAGAGAGGCAAGUUAGGGUGGAAAACAGAACUCCAUCCUGGCUGGAACUGUGUCUCAGCACACAACCGAAGGGCAGGGGCUGGUUGUUCUGGUUUCUCAUGCAUCACUGUCCAGGGGAAAGGGGUGAGGAAGAAAACUCACCCAACACCAAAGUGCAACUUUCCUUGUAAAAUAUGUUAAUAGUGGAUUUUUUUUUCUGCAAUAAAGUUACAAAUGCCAAA